AUGUCUUCAACGCACGCGACUUUACAGAAUAAAUCGAAAUGUUUCAAAAACCAACAUCAUGUUUUGUACACCCUAAAACCAGCAUAUCGUGUUAUUGUACAUACAUCGAUGUUUAGCUGCUGGUUGUCCCGACAACCUCUAACAUUUUAUGUUUUUGAUGCCACUUCAAAAGAAAAGACAAAAAGAAAUGAAAAAGGGUCAAAACUUGAGGCGACAGACAUCAUUUACAAUUUAAAUCUAAUCUUAAAUCAAAAGAAAGAAGACACCGAUGCAACUGGAGAAUAUUUAAUGAGAUAA